GAAGAACAGAAGACCCCCACAAGACCACUUGAUAAGAUCUGUCAGAUAGAUGCCCCGGCACUGCUCAGCUGCUGGCUGCAAGUCUCGUGAUACCAGUGAAACACGGAAAGCUGGUAUUACCUUUCACAGGUUGCCAAAGCGCGGCAGUCCACGACGAACACUGUGGAUCAUCAACUCCCAGCGGAAGGACCCCCAGGGCAAGGGUCAGUGGGAUCCCCAGAGUCACUUCAUCUACUUCUGCUCUAAGCACUUUACUCCGGAGAGCUUUGAGCUGUCUGGAAUCAGUGGCUAUCGAAGACUGAAGGAGGAUGCACUACCCACUGUGUUUGAGACAUUGUCACGACAGAGGCGUGGCAGAGGUGUAACAAACAAGCAGACAGGUGCAACAAGGCAGACACGGAAACCGACACGUUCCCAGAAAUGCCCCAAGGUCGUGGUUGAGGCAAAUGACCAGCAGAAGGAGGAAGCUGCCGCCAAUGAAGGAAAUGUUGCUGGUGGGGAUGUCUCUGUGAUGGUAGUCAACAAUGAAGAAAACAAUAAUGUGAAGGAAGUAGAAGGAGCUGAAAUGAGAACAUCAUCUCUCCCCUUUGAAGAAUCUCAUGUCCCUUCCUCUGAUUUACAAGGUUCACCUUCGAUAAACCAAGAACCAGUCCCUCUGUCUGAAGCCGCUUGCUUGCAGACACUUCCUCCUUCCACAGGCCUGCAGCCAUCCUCCCCCCCUCAGCCGCCAUCCCCAUCACGCUAUAUGAGGCGCCUCCCUCCUCCUCCAGGGUUCCACCUGCCCAAGGAACACAAUUAUGCACAGCUUUGCCCCUUGGUGUGGAGGAAGAGGUAUGACCGGGCUAUUGAUAGUUUGGAGAAGUCUCUUCGAUUGCUAAAUGCAGCCAGACGAAGGGAGACGCGGCUCAGGCAAACACUGCUGAGGCUCAGAGAAAACCGGGUGCGUCAGACACUGCAGAACUUCCGAGGAGCAACCAGGUGGAAAGAAACCAAAGUCAAGGGAAAGAAUGGCUUAGAAAGUGAGGACAAGAGGGAUGUGGAGCAACCUGUGAGGCAGGUAAGUGAUGAGCAGGAGAUGGAAACAGAGAAGAUGGAGGAGGACUUGAAUCUCUUUGAUGAAGAAGCUGGGGAUUCAGGUGAGGGAGGAUAUCGUUCAGCAUUCAUGGGAAUGCAGGAGGAGACUGGUUACUGCUUUUACUGUGGAAGAGGUAUGGAGGACCUUGGAGGAAAUGAGGGAGGAGCUUUGGGAAAGUCUCAAAGACCAAGGCAGAGUCUAGAACAGGGCAAGAAUGGCUCCUGGUGUGAUGACGGUGUACAAAAUAAGAGAGCAAGCACGCAGGGGCUACCUCAGACAGAUCAAAAAGCAGAAAUCAUGGCUGCAGAUGCAGAAGGAGGGGCCUGCUCUUACUACUAUUACAGCAGCAACACAACAAGUGAAGAGAGUGAUGAAGGUGUGCAGAUAGUUACGAUGGAGCUGCCUCAAGGCUGGCAGUUACCACAGCAGCCAAAAAUGGGAGAACAGAUCAUUGCAUCCCCACAGGUUCAGAAAGUUCAGGGGCAGUCUCAUCCAGAACAGCAGGUCAAAGGGUGUGUGGCAACCUCUACCCCAUUUGGAACAGUGCAGGCCAUCCCUCAUUCGCAGGACUUAAAUUUGAUGCCGCCAGUGCAGCUGGAGCUGCAGAAACUACAGCUACAGUUACACCAGGUCCAGCUGGUCCAGCAGAGUCUGACCGCACAGCCAAGGGUCAUCUUUAUGGAUUCCACUGGUGAGGAAGGGGGGCGGCUGGGAGAAGAUGGGCAACAGCAGUUUUGGAUGCAGGAGGACAGUGAUGGGCGUCUCCUUGUAGUACAAGUGCCUAAGCAGGAUAGUGAGAAACACACAGAGAAGAAUGAAAAAAGUGAGCCUCUGCUGGUGUCAGUAGUGGGAUUUCAGAAUGAGCUUACUGAGGAAAGCCAAGCAUCUUACCUUGAAGCUGACAGUCCUGGGCAGAGGAUCAUGGGGCAAAGUGACAAAGACUGUGGCCACCCAACAGACACUAAGAAUGGCCUUGGGGGUGGGGAUUUGAGGGAGAAGCUUAAGGAACACCUAGAAGGCUUCCAGCUCCAACUCAGCAGUGAAUUUCUUAAUUAGUGGGUGAGUCAGCAGUUUCUGGGGAUUACAGGAAGCUGAGUAGGAUUGAG